AUGCGGAAGAUUAAGGCUAGAAAAAAAGAUUUGCGUGAAUUUUUUAUGUUCUUGUCUGAUGUUUGCCCAUGGUUCCCACAGGAAGGGACAAUAGAUAAAAAAUGCUGGAAUCGUGUAGGAAAUUGUUUAAAUGAUUAUUAUCAAACCUUUGGGCCUUCUAAAGUGCCUGUGACUGCAUUUUCGUAUUGGAAUUUAAUUAGGGAGAUUCUCAUGGGUCAUUUUUUUGACCCCGAUGUCCAAAAGGUUGUAGAGACCGGGGAAACAAUUCUUAAAGCAGCCUCUCGUCUCCAUUCAGCUUGUCCAUCCGUUACCAUUGAUAUGGGUUCAAAUGAAGAGUUCCCAAAAAUUCCAGAAACCGGUCAUCAUUAUCCCACAGAUGAUAAAGUUAUCCCAAAGAUUUAUCCUUCCCUUACUGCUAUUAAGGGUGAUCCCAAUGAUGACCAGCUUUCCCCCCAAGAUCAGGAAACUCUCGAUGAGCAGGCUGCUCGUUAUCAUCGCAAUGAUGAUCCCUGGGGAUUCCCCCUUUUGAAGCCUCCACCAUCUUAUAAUACUCCCCAUCAGAUGCCUGCCUUUAGCGCCCCUGCUCCCAUUGCCCCCCUGAUUGAUCCCCUUCGACAGGCUAAGAUGGCCUUAACCCAGGAAAUUUCCUCUUUGAGAGAUGUUUUACAACAAAAACGGGAACGCUUGGAUCUCCUAAAGGAGCUUAAGGCCCUUGAGGUGGAGCUUACUUCUUUUAAUGUCUCGAACGGUCCCAAUAAACCCCCGCUUCGACAAAAACCAGGAUCCAUUAAGUUAGCCUUCCCUGUUACUCGCAGUCAAAAUUUACCCACUCAAGGUGAAAUUCAAGCUGAAGAUAGUGAGGAAGGGGAAGAGGAAGAGGGAGAAGAAUCUCCUGAACCUGAUGAGGGACCAGAUAUUCAUAAUUCUUCUGGGGGCGGCCCUUUUGAACAUAAAUAUCGCCGCCUCAAUUUAAAACAUAUAAAAGAUUUAAAAUCUGCUGUCAAUAAUUAUGGGCCCACAGCCCCUUAUACAUUGGCAAUCUUGGAGGGAUUAAGCGAUUGCUGGCUGACCCCAAAUGAUUGGCUUACCCUGGCUCGGGCCACCCUUUCUGGGGGAGAUUUUGUUUUAUGGCGCACUGAAUUUGCAGAAAAUUGUAGAGAAACUGCCCAAAGAAAUGCUGAAAACAGAACUUCCCGAUCAUGGACCCGAGAUAAAUUACUUGGCCGUCCCCCCUAUGAAUCCAAUGAGUCUCAGGCUGCUUUUCCCCCUGGUUUGUUGGCUCAAAUACAAAAUGCUGGCCUUAAGGCCUGGCGCCGUCUUCCGCCUAAGGGUUCGCCCACAACUUCCUUGGUAAAAAUUCGCCAGGGACCAGAAGAGCCUUAUUGUGAGUUUAUUAGCCGCCUCACGGACGCCGCCGAGCGUGUAGUGGAUGAUAGUGAAACUGAUAAUGCCUUUGUUAAACAUUUAGCUUAUGAAAAUGCCAAUCCGGCCUGCCAAGCUGCCCUUCGGGCUCAUCGUGGUGGUAGCCUGGCUGAUUACAUUAAGUUGUGCUCCGGAAUUGGUCCCUCCCAUUCUGUUGGUCUUGCGAUUGGAGCUGCUCUAAAAGAUUUUAUUAAAGAUACAUCCGUCCUAGAUAAACAACAAAAAACUUGCUAUAAUUGCAAACAACCUGGACAUUUUGCCCGGGAUUGUUCAUUACAUAGACAAGGACAGUCAUUAAAGGCUAACCCACAACAACCCCGAUAUCAAUCCCGGGCUCCUCCCACCACCGUUUGCCCUCGUUGUAAAAGAGGCAAACAUUGGUCUUCAGAAUGUUUUUCAAAAACGGAUAUAAAUGGCCAAUUGCUCCCCAAAAAACAGGGAAACUUUUCACGGGGCCAGCCCCUGGCCCCUUCCUUGGAACCAAACCAAGGGGCAAUUCGGUUUGUUCCUCAAAAAUCUGGACAAGUUCCCUGCACCCAGAUGUUGGCUCCCUCUGUCGAGCCACACCCGGAAGCGCAGGAUUGGACCUCUGUGCCUCCACCGACUCAAUAUUAG